AUGUUGAAAAUUGGACUUAUAAACCGAAUUUCCAUACGAAGAAGAUUCACAGUCAGCUAUUUCACAACCGGGAAGACACCGUUUAAUCUAUCAAACACAGACGGUAAAGAUGAUAAAUAUAAAGAACUAAACUCCAUGUAUGUGGAUAUGUUUACUCCGGAAGGAGACGAAUCCGAAACUGUAAGUAAUCCAAAUAAUAAUAAAUCAGAAUUAGAAGAAAUCAAUGAGGAAAUGAAUGAUUUAUGUAACAUUGGAUAUAAAAAAAUCUCCUCUCAGGACUUACAAAGUAUUACCAAAUCUCCAGGGCGAUUCAUUUUACAGAGUUUAUCUCAUAAUCCAUACUAUAAUUUGUCCUUGGAAGAUUAUAUCUUUAGAAACACACCUUCGUGUACGGGGUCAUUUACAAACCAAAGACUACUCUUCUAUAUCAAUGAUAACUGUGCAGUGAUGGGUAAGAACCAAACUAGUUGGAAAGAGUUACAUUUGAAACAGUUACAAGAAAGUGGUUAUGAAAUAUUAAGAAGAUUAUCUGGAGGAGGUGCUGUCAUUCAUGAUUUAGGAAAUGUCAAUUAUUCAUUCCUGACAGCAAGAGAUGAAUUCAAGACAAGUUAUUUUAAUGAAUUAAUUACACAAUGGAUCAAUAGGAUGAGUCCCAUGGAUUAUCCACUGAAAUUGAAUAAACGUGGAGAUAUUACUUAUAAUGAUAAGAAAUGUAGUGGGAGUGCCUUUAAGAUUGCGAAGGGUAAAGCAUAUCAUCAUGGUACUAUGUUGAUUAGCGCGCAAUUAGAUAAAUUUCAUGGGUUGCUAAAGCCAGAUCAUAUUAAUGGGGUAGAAUGGGAAUGUAAUAGUGUCGAUAGUGUUAGAUCGGAAAUAACUAAUAUCCCAUUUAAUGCACCAGGGGAGUUCAUUGAUUUAUGUAUCAAGGGAUUCCGUGAGGAAUUCGCAUUGAUGACGGGGGCCAAUGAUUCUGUCCCUGUAUAUUAUUGUGAUGAGACAUCCACAAUGAAUACACAAAUAGCAGAAACAAUGGAGUUGUUGAGUAGUGAUCAAUGGAAAUAUUUUACGGGACCUAAAUUCAAAGUCAAAUCAACCGAGACAAACAAGACAAUUUCAGUGGAAAAGGGGAUCAUAAGGCAAAGUGACUUCCCUGGUAUAGUUGGUAAACCAUUCAAAGACAUAUUUGAUAAGAAUCCACAAGAAUUAGAACCCGCAUCAUUAAGAAGAUUCAUAUCAUUACUCUAUUAG